AUGAGCAUGCACCAGGAUGAGUUUGGAGGUCACUGUCUGCUAUUUUCAAAGGGAGCAUGGCAGGAAGAAGAUGGCCAACUACUUGUCUCAUGGGCAUCUCGAGCAUACUGCAAUUAUGUGAUUGCCAUAGGUGUACUAAUGUUUAUCGUCUGCCUUGUGCAGAUAUAUAGGCUUUCUAUAUUUAUGUACAAGGGGCAGGAUAGCUCUUUCUUGUCAGCUUUUAUUGAAGCAGUGGGUUGCAUGACUCUCUGUGGAUUGGCUGUAUCCGCUGCCUGUAUGGUGACCCUUGGUUUUAUGACAUGGUGCCAGAUUAUUGUAGAAAGGUUUCCUAGCUGUGAAGAUGCUGCUGGCCAAGAUAUAGACAAACAUGACAAAAUAUCCACUAACGGUUUUUAUAUUGAGAUGGGCACUGCUCAAUUUGGAGCGUGGGCCGCUUUCGCGACGUGGGUGGGUCUUGCGGUGUUUUCCACUUUGAAAGUGUGCCGAUACCACCAGCUACAAAACAUCCAGGUCUCCAUGUACAGAGAGCGUCAGCGUCUAGUAAACGAAAGUGGCUCGCCGACAGCAUUGGAUGGGAGGUCCACACCACCCUUGGCCCGU